AUGGCUCGCCUCGAGAGACAGCCACUUCUACCUCCGAGUGACUCUCGUCUUUCCGAUGAUUCUACUAUCAGGUCAUAUUCUUCAAUCGAAGACUCGUGUCGCCAAACGCAAAAGUCUACACCGUUGCCAAAAAAGCAACUGGCUAUACUUUGUAUCAUGCGCUUCACUGAGCCUAUAUCUUUUACAGUUAUCUUCCCGUUUAUCAAUCAGAUGAUUGAGGACUUAGGAAUUGCGUCUGAUCGAACACACGUAGGAUAUUAUGCUGGUUUGAUUGAGAGUCUCUUUGCCUUUGCUCAACUCUGUACAGCCCUAUAUUGGGGAAGAUUAUCAGAUCGGAUUGGGCGGAAACCUGUGAUUCUUACCGGACUUUUGGGAUUGGCUGUUAGUGUUAUCUCCUUUGGACUACAAUCGAGCUUAACGGGGUUGAUUGUGACGAGAGCUUUGGCAGGAAUGAUGAAUGGUAACAUUGGAAUAUUACGCAGUGUGAUUCGAGAGAUUACUGAUCACACUAAUCAUGCUGAACUAAUUCCAAAGCUCUCUAUCAAAGCCCUCGGGGGCCUUUUAGGCCCGCUCUGUGGCGGAUAUCUGGCUAGACCGGCUGAGCAAUACCCAUACCUAUUUGGAAACAUUGAAUUCUUGAAGCAAUACCCUUACUUCUUACCCGGGUUUGUGGCCGGUCUGUUUAACCUUGGCGCAAUCCUCUUGGGAUUGUUUUGUUUAGAAGAAAGUUUGCCUUCUAAAUGCUCUGGUGAUUUAUCACCCGAGACUCGCUUGAAACUCUAUCUUGAGUCUCGUAAAUCUAUCUCGCCUUCCAACUCACCUACCAACGAGACUGGACCUCGUUCAAUUACUUCACUGCUGGACAAAAAACUUUCUGGGAUCCUUCUGAGCUUCUUCAUGGUCAAUUUGCAAUCGGCCUCGUGGAACUCGUUGGUGCCUUUGUUUGCUUACACACGAAUUUCUGACGGAGGGCUAAGCCUUUCACUAGAUCAAAUCGGAUUCUGCUUGAGUGUUAAUGGUAUCGGUCUCCUGGUUGUGCAACUAUUGAUUUUCCCUCCUCUGCAACGGCGUUUUCGUCCCUUGAGGCUUUAUCAGUAUACCUUACCUACUCAUGCCCUGGGUUUUAUACUACUACCAUGUCUCAGCCUACUGGUCAAGAGUCACAGCGAUCCAGCAGUCUCAUUGACUGGUUUGACCGCUACUCUCAUUUUGAAAAGCCCUGGGCUGAUUAGCUUUGUCUGCAUUUCCAUUAUGCUUAACAAUUCUGCGCCAUCGUCGUCCCUAGGAACUUUGAAUGGACUUGCUAUGACUUGCACAGCACUCAGUUACACCAUCGGACCAAUCUUAGCAUCCUCUUUGUUUUCAUAUAGUAUACAUACUCAAUUUCUUGGAGGCAACCUGGUUUGGGUAGUGAUGAUUAUGAUUGAUACUUACACAUGCAAAACCCUCGAUGCAUCAGAUAUCAUCAUUAUGCUAUGUUGCAUCUUGGCUUAUAGACGAGGAAGAAGACUGUCAUCGAAGAUUUGUGCAGUGGAAGACGAUGAAGAAGAAACUUAA